GCGCCCGGAGCCCCGCACCCCGAUCCCAGCGUCCUGAUCCCCCAGCCCCGCGCCCUGCCCCUCAGCCCUGACCGGCGUCCUCCUCCUGCAGGGUGGAGUCUCCCUUCGUACCUCUCCGUGCUGGUGGCGCUGGGGAACCUGGGUCUGCUGGUGGUGACCCUGUGGAGGCGGCUGGCCCCGGGCCGCGGCGAGCAGGGCCCCAUCCAGGUGGUGCAGGGGCUGAGCAUAGCGGGCGCGGCGCUGCUGGCCCUCCUCUGGCACCGUGUGGCCCCCGUGGCUGGACAGCCCCACUCCGUGGCCUUCCUGACCCUGGCCUUUGUGCUGGCCACGGCCUCCUGUGCCUCUAAUGUCACUUUCCUGCCCUUCCUGAGCCACCUGCCGCCUCCCUUCUUACGGUCUUUCUUUCUCGGUCAGGGUCUCAGUGCCCUGCUGCCCUGUGUGCUGGCCCUGGCCCAAGGUGUGGGCCGCCUGGAAUGCCCCCCUGUACCCAUUAACGGCACCCCUGGGCCUCCCAUCAACUUCCCCGAGCGGUUUUCUGCCAGCACCUUCUUCUGGGCACUGACUGCCCUGCUGGUGACCUCGGCCGCCGCCUUCCACGGUCUUCUGCGGCUGUUGCCCUCACCGCCGUCCCUACCCCCAGGGGCCCCAGGCCCGGUGGGGGCCCCCGGAGCAGAGGAGGAGGCCUCGCCAUUGCAGGAGCCCCCCAGGCCAGCUCCCAAGGCCCACCAGCUGUUCGCCGUCCAAAGCACCUGCCUCCUGGGCCUGCUGGCCACCACCAACGGCCUGACUAAUGGCGCGCUGCCUGCCGUGCAGAGCUUUUCCUGCCUGCCCUAUGGGCGCCUGGCCUACCAUCUGGCGGUGGUGCUGGGCAGCUCUGCCAACCCCCUCGCCUGCUUCCUGGCCAUGGCCGUCCUGUGCAGGUCCCUGGCAGGGCUGUGUGGUCUUGCUCUGCUGGGCGUGCUCUUUGGGGCCUACCUGAUGACACUGGCAGUCCUGAGCCCCUGCCCUCCCCUAGUGGGCAGUUCCGCAGGUGUGGUCCUUGUGGUGCUCUCCUGGGUGCUGUGUGCCGGCGUGUUCUCCUACGUCAAGGUGGCGGCCAGCUCCAUGCUGCACGGCGGAGGCCGGGCUGCCCUGCUAGCGGCUGGGGUGGCCAUCCAAGUAGGCUCCUUGGUUGGCGCUGUUGCCAUGUUCCCUCCCGCCAGCAUCUACCGUGUAUUCCGAAGCGGAAAAGACUGUGUGGACCUGUGUGGCCUCUGAGCCGAGGUGGGCGUGAGCUCCCUCUGCCCAACCGCCUCCACUUGGAGCCUCCACAUGGCCUUGGGCACCGAGGCCCAAGAACCUCCUCGUACUGCCUCCAGACCUGGCACCGCAUGCCCGCAAGCCCGGGUGAGGACCAAAGAACAGGCCUGGAGCCAGGGACAGUUUGGGGCUGGGGCUUGGCCCAGCCAUUUUCAUGGGAUUUGCACAAUAAAGCGCCUUUAUUCAGCUGG